AUGUCAUGCACAACUUAUGUUUUAUCUCCAGCAUUUGAUGCAUCUUGCCCCGACCUUCAAUCAAAGGAGUCCUCCCUCAAGACCCCAUUCUGGGAGUCCCUUGUAAUCACCCCAAAACUCAAGUACGCCAUCUCCCAAACAUUCCCAGACGGCGGUGUCCCCGAGCCCGCCCUCGCAACUGCAACCGUCAACCAAGACGAUGCCCUCAACCACUCCAAACUCCUGGCGGUGAAAGACGUCCUCACCAAAACCGUCGUACAGAGAAACGAGACACUUGAGCCCACGAACAAACUUCGUUUUACCGCUCUCCAUACCGUAGGAAUGAUCUGCGCUGAACUGGGGCAAUGCGAAGAAGCCGAAACAGUAUAUAACAAGCUUAUCACAGAGAGUGAUAAAGUCUCUGGACCAGACUCGAAGCAAGUUGCAGGCGCGGUCUCAAAUCUUGGGGAGGAGAGCCCGCAGUAUCUUGGGGGUUCCCGGGGGAUGAUCUCUGUUUUGGAGAAGCAGAGGAAGAUUGGGGAGGCGGGGGAGAUAUUGAAGGAGGGGUUAGCGAUUGUGGAGAGGAUGAGUGGGCCGUAUAAGGUUGAGGAGACGGAGGAGAUGCAGAAAGUUGCAGAGAAUUUUAAGGGUUUGAAGGAGUGAGGAGCGGAUUUCUUACUCCAAUUGGCACUGGUUGUCCGAGGAAAUUAGCAGUUUUUUUUUUGUAAAAGUAGGAUUAACUUAUAGCAAAUAUACGGCAUCAUUUGCAUUUCUUUUCUACUUCGGUGUGUUCAUUUCCGACGUUCCUUUCCAAUGCACGAACUGGAGACCAAAAAAUCA